AUGUUCGCCGAGGAGCUUGCGUCGCUUCGCCGCCAGGGCGUGCGGUCGGUCUUGUUCCAGGUGCUCAACUUUAUCUCGGUGGUCUCGACGGCGCUGGCCAUGUGGAAGGGUCUGUCGGUGCUGACGGACACCGAAUCUCCCGUGGUCGUGGUGCUCUCCGGCUCGAUGGAACCCGCUUUCUACCGUGGCGACCUGCUCUUCCUCUCGAUGCCGAGCGGCCCGCUCAAAGUCGGCGACAUUCCCGUAUACAAGGUGCCGGGCGCGGACAUUCCUAUCGUGCACCGGAUCAUCGAGACGCACGAUGCACCCGACGGCGACCAGCUCAUCCUCACAAAGGGCGACAACAACGAGUCGGACGAUAUCGCGCUGUACAACGGCGCGCGCUGGAUGCGCAGAUCCAACAUGGUCGGCAAAGUCAGAGGGUACAUGCCGUACGUCGGGUACGUGACUAUCGCACUCAACGACUAUCCGAAGCUCAAAUACGCCCUGUUGGGGAUCAUGGCGCUCUCGCUCCUGUUUCAGAAAGAGUAG